GUCACCAUUUGGGUACCUUGGCCCAAAUCGUAUAGAUUUAUUUUUUUUCCUCUUAUGCUGCCAUUUUGUGUUCCGUUUUAUUUGAACCGUGACAUAUUUUUGCGACUCCAUCUAUUUUUCCGUCAUGAUGUUACAGCUCACCCUCGUGGUCUUUUUCUCUACUUUGGCGACAUCUUUCCCCUUCCCUCGCAACACUUUGGAGCACAUCCGCAAAGCGUCAAAAGCUGACUUUGAGUCCUCCGGCGUUGGACCCGGCGAGCCCGUCCGCGGCCUUGUGAGAGUGUUACAGCUAGAUCCGCGCGGUCUCGCCGCAUCCGGGUUCUUCGCACGGGCAGGCCAGGCCCGGAGCUCCAGACCGUCUUUCCCCGCUUUCCUGUCCCACGGGCGGCCCGGCCCAGCCCUGAAGGCCCCCACGAGCCCGCUGCGCCGCCCGCAGGCUGAAAGACCAGUCGAGAUGGCGCACAAGAAGAGACAAGGCCUGCAUAUGUGGCAAAGGGCCAUCAAUAAGGGAAACAAGGAGGCCGUGUUUUUGCCCGCCAACCUGAAGGACGCCAAACAGACGUGCGCUGCUGUUCCUUUCGUUCAGCGCGUGACAGCAGAGGGGUGCAGCACAGUGACCGUACACAACAAGCUGUGUUUCGGCCAGUGCAGUUCUCUGUUCGUCCCCGCCGAGGUGGACCCGGCCGGGGAGGGGUCCCGCCGGCGCACUCCCUGCUCUCGAUGUGCCCCCUCCAAGGCCCACGGCGUCACCGUGCCGCUGCAGUGCGGCGCCGAGAUCCGCCGGCGGCAAGUGAUGCUGGUGGAGGAGUGCAAGUGCGAGACGGGUCGAGAGGAGAAGAAUGCGGAGGAGGAUUCACCACACCUGUGAGCGCUUUGGACGGUGGUCUCCAGAAUUGAGAUUGGGAGAGCUUCGGUUCACCUUAAUUCUCAAUGUCAUAUCACUUCCAUUAGGUGGAGAAGAAUUGUUAUAAUCAGUUUAGUAUUGAUUAUGCAACAUUAGGAACAUCUGCACCAUGAAAUGUAAUCUCGUCGAUCGUGGUGGCUUUUUUCUGGGUUUUUCCUCCCAAAUUUCGCACGAAAUGCAUGUUAGGUUUGUUCAAGACUCCAACUUGUCCAUAGGUGUGAAUUUAAGUGUGAAUAUGUUCCCUGCAAUUGACAGGCUACCAAUCCACAGCCGAGCACAAAUACUACAGAAAAUGUUGUUUCUAAUAUUCUGACCCGCUCAUAUAGAUCGAGUAAUACAAAAUAUUAUGGCUCAUUCCAGAAUUGGAUGGCAACUUAGGCAUCAACAUUUUUGAAAAACGAACCAUUUAUUUCGUUAUAAUAAAUUUCGUUCGGAAUAGAUCCUAAGGCACUUGAAAAUAUUUUUUAAAAUAUAGCUGAAUAAUUUCUAUUUGGCUACAAGGCUACUGAUUAAGUAAUUUUACCGUUACCUUCAUUACAAUAUCAAUGUUGCAGGCAUCAGAGUUGCAAAUCAAUGCUAAUCCAAAGAGCUUAUACCGAAGAGUCCAUACUAUGCUAGCUGCGAUGCUAACUGGUGAAGAACGAACGUAGCUACCGUAUAUAAAAUCAAGAAAGAAAAACUUUGCUCUUGUAUGAUAAUAUAAGGUACCAUAUAUAUUUUUUCUAAUUGACUGUAUAAAGUCUGAACGUCUUGUUCAGAGGGCACACGAGGCUUAUUCGAGCCAAAUGUUGACAGCACGACAUCGUCGUGUACUUUCCAGAACAGUUCACACCGGACGUGUGUCUCCGUUAGGACGACCUUUGAACGUAUCCAAAGGGGAAAUAUUGGGAUCCAUUAAAAACAAAAGAGAUUGUUCAAACCCUGCUCUUU